AGUAGGAGCGAAAACCAGGCAGACCAGCACCUCCAUCCUCCUCUUCCUCCUCCUCCAUCUUCACGGUGAUACACGAUGCUGCGCGGCUCCGCUCUGCUCCUCCUCCUCGUCCUCUGCUCCGCCUCCGGCUUCGAGAUGCCUCCGGAGGAGCCCACUCCGCGCCGGGCCCGGUUCUCCGCCAACAGCCCGAGUGAUGUGGCCAGAUGUUUGAGCGGUGCCGUGGCCGUCGGCUGUGGGUUCUUCUCCUGUCUGGAAAACUCCACCUGCGACACCGACGGCAUGCAUGAACUCUGCGAGCUGUUCCUCCACACCGCCGCGAGCUUCAACACCGAGGGUAAGACAUUUGUCAAGAAGAGUCUGCAGUGCAUGUCUCAGGGAAUCUCAGGCAAAGUCUUCCAGACCAUCCGCCGCUGCAACAUCUUCCAGAGGAUGAUCGCUGAGGUCCAAGAAGAGUGCUACACCAGCCUGGACAUCUGCAACGUGGCUCGUACCAACCCUGACGCCAUCGGGGAGGUGGUGCAGCUGCCGGUUCACUUCCCCAACAGGUACUACAGCACCCUGCUGCAGACCCUGCAGACCUGCGACGAGCAGACGGUGGUGGCGGUGAGGGCCGGGAUCAUUGCCAGGUUGGGCCCCGACAUGGAGACCUUCCUCCAGCUCAUCCAGAACAAACCCUGCACCGCCGACACCGACUCGACCACCUACAACAACCCCACCAGCUGGAGAAACACGCCCGUAUUCAACAUCCAGCCGGGCUUCAGAGGCCGAGACCCCACCCACCUGUUUGCCAGGAGAUCUGUGGACAGCCAGGAGAAAGAAGGCGAGGUCAAAGCCCACGAGUAGAUGACACAGCUCAGUACAAGCACACACCCAGUCCUGAAUACACAGGCACACUGACACACCUGAGGCUUUAAAUGGCUCUCUUCCUGUUAUUUAAAGAACUUGCUCAUUUAUGAUUGAUAUUUAUUUUCUUAUCAAGUUAAUUUAUGCAGGAGGACGAGAGGCUGUGGAGGCGAGA